AUGCAGGUCACUAGGCUUCAAUUCGGAGUAUACUCUAAUCAACAACCGUUCUGCUUAUACCUCUUCCCCUUAGUAGCAACAUCACUUGACACAAAUUCUUCUCCCACACAACCUAUAUAUCAGCCAUUCUACCGUUUACGGGACAUUGAUGCGAUCUUCUUCAAUGCUAGUGUAGGAUAUAUUUAUGAUUCUGGACACAUACCACAUGUUUAUUUUGAUACACCAGGAUACUGUUUCUAUGAACGUUCAGGAGAUGUAUAUUUGAGUUCUCGUGCUUUAAAUGAAACAGCACUCCGAAUGGGAAAUAUGUUAUUAGCCGAGUUUUGUAAAUUGUCUCGAGACGAAAUAAGAGCAGGAGCAGCCGAUCGAUUGUUAAAGAAAGCAAAAGUGCCGAUUAUAAAGUCUCUUUAUGUUGAGGCCGAGUUUGAGUUUGUUGCUAUUGAUUCUAGGACUAGAAAACGCAGUCAAGGUGGCAGAAUAUCAAUUGCUGAUGUACUCGACAAUGAUGAUGCGAAUGAUAGAUACGAGACGCGAAUUGCAUCACCGACUAGUCGUAUCGAAUUCAAUGCAGCACCGAUAGUCAAACAAGAGCCCUCACCUGCCAAUUCAACUCCAUCAUCUCCUGACCAGACACUUCGAUCCACUCGAUCGUCUUCACCGGUUUCUUCAGUCACGGAUGAUGAUAAUAGCCGUCGAAAACGAAGACGAGUCAUUCCAUCGGCUAUCACCAAAACUACAAACAAUCCAGAAGCAAUGGAACGCGUGAGGAAUAAUCUCAAAUUGAAACAGCAAAAGUCUGUUGGAGAGGUACGACAGAACCGACUGAUGCAAGAAAGUAUUGUGGAUCGAAGGCACUCUGUUGCAGUGGCAGGUUAUAAUGCCCAUUCAAGCUCGAACUUUCCGGCAGCGUGGGAUCCAAAUAGACAUCUAAAUACAAAGAGGCACUCUAUUUCUCAACAUCGGGUCAACCGCAAUUCUAAGAAUCUUAGUUUGUAUUCUCCACCUAGAGUCAACAGAAGUGCGAGUGCAAGCGGUUCAUCGGAUAAUAAUUCACCGAUACAUACAUCAAUGACAGCUGGUCAUCGGGCAAGCGUCUCUGGAUAUCCAUCUCAGUCUGCAUUCUCUUCAGCUUGCAGGCAAUCUAAUCAGAGCCAGACCGUUCAUCCCGCUUCCAGAAGUGCGAGUAUUCAUGGGCUAAUUUCAUCCGAUUGUCAUAAUGCAUCUAGGCCUGUUCCUAAUAUUCAAGUAACUCCAUCAACCGCCCCUCAUGCUCCCUCUUCAACGCUUCCCCGCCGAGAGUCUUUGGCGAGUAAUUCUCCUGCUCCAUCUUCUGAUCGAUCCAAAGAUUCCUUUAUCCAAGUGUUUGACACAUUCUAUGACGCUGUUGCAGACACACAUUCGCUUAAAAAUACCCUGGAAGAGCAAAUACGCAAGACGUCAGCUUUACUCCAAACGUUACAAUCUUCAGGUUUGAUGAUCGAGUCGUUGGUACGCGGACAAGUUCGUGAGAUGCAACGUGAAGUUAUAAGCGAUCUUACGUCGAUCGAGAAGAGAGUUGCUCGUGUCGAAGAACGAAUGAAUUGUGUUACUUCGAGUCCUCCUUUGGAUUGUGAUAGACGACUAAGUGAAAUCAGCACUGUUAGUAGUGAUUCCGGAUAUUCAGGAAGCAGUAAGAGCGCAAUGUCACCUCGUACUCCAGAAGCAUUCAGUAGACGAGAGAGUCAAGAUGUGCCGAAGAAGGAUUAUGAGAAUGUAUUGACUCAGUUGAAGGCUAGACUUGAGUCUUUGGAGAGGAGAAUGAGUGUUGCAUAA